CUCAUGCUGCCUCUGCCACCUUCUCGGUCAGAAGACAUCAUUUCAACUCGAACGCAGCAUGAUCGAAACAUACAGCCAACCUUCUCCCCGCUCUGUGGCCACUGGACCACCUGUCAGUAUGAAAAUUUUUAUGUAUUUACUGACUGUUUUUCUUAUCACCCAGAUGAUUGGGUCAGCGCUUUUUGCUGUGUAUCUUCACAGAAGAUUGGACAAGAUAGAAGAUGAAAGGAAUCUUCAUGAAGAUUUUGUGUUCAUGAAAACGAUACAGCGAUGCAGCAAAGGAGAGGGGUCCUUAUCAUUACUGAACUGUGAGGAAAUUAGAAGCCAGUUUGAAGACCUGGUCACGGGCAUAAUGCAAAGCAAAGAAGUGAAGAAGAAAGAAAAAAACUUUGAAAUGCACAAAGGUGAUCAGGAUCCUCAAAUCGCAGCACAUGUCAUCAGUGAAGCCAGUAGUAAAACAGCAUCUGUUCUCCAGUGGGCCCCCAAAGGAUACUACACCCUAAGCACCAACUUGGUAACCCUCGAAAACGGGAAACAGCUGGCCGUGAAAAGACAAGGGCUCUAUUACAUCUACGCCCAAGUCACCUUCUGUUCCAAUCGGGAAACUUCGAGUCAAGCUCCAUUUAUAGCCAGCCUCUGCCUAAAGUCCCCAGGUGGAUCGGAGAGAAUCUUACUGAGAGCUGCAAAUACCCACAGUUCCUCCAAACCGUGCGGGCAGCAAUCCAUUCACUUGGGAGGAGUCUUUGAAUUGCAACCGGGUGCUUCGGUGUUUGUCAACGUGACUGAUCCAAGCCAAGUGAGCCACGGGACUGGCUUCACGUCGUUUGGCUUACUCAAGCUCUGAACGGUGUAAGCUGGCAGGUUGCGGCUGGGCCGACGCUGGCGGUCUUCACAAUCCAGCAAAGCACUUAAGACCGCCCCACCGCAGCCCGUUGGACUGCCUAUUUAUAACCCUAGGAUCCUCCUCAUGGAGAACUAUUUAUUAUACAUCCCGAGGCAUAUAGGGCUGCAAUGAGUGAAUUAC